UAUAUAACCCGGUGGGUCCUGCUACCUCAGUGCAUUGUAGCAUCGCAGAGCAAAGUGACAAGAUCUUCCAACGUAUUAUCUGCAAAGUAGAGAGUAGUUCUUACUUUAAUCAACGCUAGCAACAAUGAAGUGCCUGAUCGUUCUCGCUGCUCUGAUCGCCAUCGCGGCCGCUGCCCCCCAGGGUGACAUCGAGGUGCGCAACCUGGACAUCGACCAUUCCGGUCUGGUGGACGGUUCGUACAGCUUCAGCUACGACCAGUCCGAUGAUCACAAGCGCGAAGAGUCGGCCGUGCUGAAGACGGUGAAGAACUUCGACAACGAGGAUGUGCCAGCGCUGGCCAUCACUGGACAGUACGAGUUCACCGAUCCGGACGGCAAGCGUUACAUCGUCAAGUACACGGCCGAUGAGAACGGUUUCAACCCGACCAUCACCGAGGCCUAAGUGGGCUCGCCAACCUUGGUAUACCACCAGUUCUGUGUCCUUAGGAUCGUUCCCCAAUCUUCUAAAGAUGCCCUUUCCGUACCGGGGAACGUUAAAAACAGCAGCAAAAGAGUAGCAGUAGCAGCAGUAGCAGCUGCAUACACUACUAGUCGAGCGAGUUAUAAAAUUGAUGAGAAAACUUUAACAAAAAAAAUAUAAAAAUCUGUACCAAAAACACAAA